AUGGCUACUCCCACGGACCCCCUCAACUUCAUCCCCGCAGACAUAUUCUUCCCUACCGUCCCAAACUUCACCAAACCCUCUGAAGCUCUCACUGUUGAAUCAACUACCUCAACAUCCCCCAGCGAUCCUCUUCGCUAUGCUGCGCACAUCACGCUAAAGGGUGAGCCCAACACUCACUGUCUAGUCCAAUUUGCAUCGCCGCAGAUUUGGAGAGUCAGAUAUAAUCCAAAGUACACUGCUGUGUCGGACUAUGAUGAUUUCAACUCCCGUACUAUCGUUAGAGAUACUUUCUCGAGCUUGGUAGAUGAUCUCCAGCAGGAGUAUAGAGACUCUGAGGCUUGGAACUCGCAUCCUGCUCAGGAGGGAUGGUUCUGGAAGACGACCUUUGAGCAGAAGUCUUCAGACCACUGGGUCCUCACUACCGUUGAGUACGAGACUAGUGAAUCUACUGGUGUCCCAAACACAGCUCUUCACUUCUUCGCCUCCCCAUUCCGUAUCGUCGCGACGAGAAAACUCAAGCCUCUCGACGCAGACCCAGCGUUCUUGAAGACCGUUGGUAUAGACACUGUGUCAGAGUACGAGGAGAUCAUCUGGCAGACUACAGAGGAGACCUUCUCGUAUCAAGGUAAUCCAAACAUCGGUGCCGUGAACAAUGUUGUUCUCAACAUCAAGAAGCCUGGACCAGCGGCGUAUCUUGGUUUUGGAGAGCAGGGUGGACGGACUGUUAUCAAGAAGCCUACGUAUCUCAACUUCUUCUGUUAUGAUAACUUCAACUACUCGAAAGUAUAUGGCCUUGGAGCUCUGGACACUCGAGAACCGCUGUACCAUUCUACACCUUUCUUUCUGGAGAUGAACGGCACUCCGGAUCGGAAGAAUGUUACGGGUGUUAUGGUGGAUAACUACUCCCAAGUUGCCAUCGACCUUGGAAAGAAUGAUUCGCAUACCAUCAGUAUCGCUACGCGCUUCAACACCUUUGACGCAUGGAUUCUCACGGCCGAUGAUGUACCGAGGAUGAUUUGGCAAUACACCUCCAUUGUCGGAAGACCUAAGCUCAAGCCUCGUUUCAUUCUGGGUCACCAUCAAGCAUGCUACGGUUAUUCCAACGAGGGCACAGUGAACAACGUUGUACAAAGUAACUAUGGCUUCCCCAACGUGGGGUCUUUCUUGAACGGUCUGAAGGCAAAGGGCGUCAAGAGCUGCACCAACAUCACCCCCAUUCUCACCAUUCGUCCCUCGGAUCAAGGUCCCUACACAGCACUGGAUAGCUUUUGGGAUGUGAAUGAUAAGAAGAACCCAGAGACCAACCUUCUGGUCGCUGAUAAGCGAUAUAUGGAUGGCCUGCCUAACAACCAACCUCUUUGCUGGCGCUACGACGGUGGUCUGCAGAACCUGGACCCUAAUAACGUUGACCAGCGUGAGAGGUUUGCAGACUAUAUCGGCGCUCCUGACUAUAGAGAUGACUAUAACUUUUCUGAGAAUUAUAACAGCGGUUAUCCAUUCCACGGCGGUGUUAGCUAUGGCACUAACCUUGGAACUCCCGGAUUCUAUCCUGAUCUGAACAGAAAAGCUGCGAGGAAGAAGUGGGGAGAGCAGUAUCAGUAUCUUUUCGACAACGGUCUUGAAUUCGUCUGGCAAGACAUGACAACUCCAGCCGCCGCAAAAUGCUACGGCGAUUCCCUCGGUUUCCCCUCCCGUCUCCUAAUGACAGACGACUCCUACACCAACCCUCCCAAAACCAAAACCGCCAUCGAGCUCUGGAGUCUCUACUCCUACAACCUCCACAAAGCAACAUACCACGGCCUCAACAACCUCAAAGGCCGCGAGAACAAACGCAACUUCAUCAUCGGCCGCGGAAGCCAGACCGGCAUGCACCGCUACGCAGGCCUCUGGACCGGCGAUAACGGUAGCUCAUGGGACUUUUUCAGAAUCUCUGUUGCGCAGGUCCUUGCGCUGGGAUAUAGCGGUUUGAGUAUCGCGGGCGUGGAUAUGGGUGGUUUUACGGCUGAUCCGGCGAAUACGCUGCCGAAUCCGCGGUGGUGUGAUCCGGAGUUGUUGAUUAGGUGGUAUGCGGGGGCGUUUGCGCUGCCGUGGUAUCGGAAUCAUUAUUUGCAGCAUCCGGAGGCUAGUUCGGGGGGUUGCAAGGCUUUUCAGCUUCGAUACUCCCUGCUUCAAGUCUUGUACGACUACAUGUUUGCCAACUUGAUCAACGGUCUGCCAGUCGCUCGUGCAAUGCUCGUUACCGAUCCCUUUGAUACAAGCCUCUUCAACUCCAACCAAGGAUUCAUCGACAACCAGUACCUUCUCGGCCACAAUAUCCUGGUCUGUCCUCAAGUUGAGGAAAAGGCAAGACGUCGCGAUGUCUAUCUUCCAAACUCUGACAAGUGGUAUCCCUCUAAUCUUCGCGUCAACAACCAAGGCUUUGGGCCAGACCCGAUUCUCAAACAUGCUGCUGUGUUGCAAAAACCAGCUCCUGGUGGCAAGAUCGUGGAUUAUGACUGUCACAUCCCUGAUGCUGUCGCCAACCCGGAGCAGGUCGCUUAUGUUACUCCUGUUUACAUUCGAGGAGGUGCCAUCAUUCCUCAACUUGACGUUCGUCAGUAUGUCAAAGAGGGCGAUCUGAACCCGCCUACCAUUCAUGUAUACCCAGGCGGCAAGACUACUGAGCCUACAUCAUACUCGAUGUAUCUCGACGAUGGUGUCAGCCGCGACAGUGCGCCCAUCGAGCUGCCUCAGCACAAGUACAAAGACGCAGCAAAGUAUACCAAAGCAAAGGGUAUCUAUCGCGAAGUCAAAAUCACUCAAGAAAACAGCAAAACAAACCGCAAGAUCACCAUUCGGCACCAAUGGGACGGCUACGACGCCAAAGCAACCGUCGGCGACACCUACAACUUUGCCAUCUGGACCGUUCAAGCCACUGCGCCGCCUGAGUCACAGAUUAGCGUUGACUUUGAGGAUGAGAAUGGCAUGACAGUCAUUGACUCUGGACUGACGUCGACUUAUAUCUCAGGUCGUGGUGUUUUGACGGUUAGUGUACCGGUGCAUCUUGUGCCGUCGCUCAAAACACCUCAGAACUAUACGCAGGGGUCUUCCGCGGAUCGGUAUUUGGCUAUUAAUGUUAGUGGACUGCCUUAA